GCUCCAGGCUUCAGCUUGGAGAGCCCAACCGCCACGAUUGAUCCCAGCAGCUGGAGCGGCAGCGAGAGCCCUGCCGAGGACAUGGAGAGGAUGAGCGACUCGGCAGACAAGCCUGUAGACAAUGAUGCAGAAGGGGUGUGGAGCCCUGAUAUUGAGCAGAGCUUCCAGGAGGCCUUGGCCAUCUAUCCUCCUUGUGGACGCAGAAAGAUCAUCCUGUCUGAUGAGGGAAAGAUGUAUGGUCGAAAUGAGCUGAUAGCCAGAUACAUCAAACUGCGGACUGGGAAGACGAGGACUCGUAAGCAGUAAGACCAGAGACAGUGUUGUAGUCAAGUGUCUAGUCACAUACAGGUCUUAGCAAGAAAGAAAGUUCGAGAAAUCCAAGCUGCCAUUAAGGUGUCUAGUCACAUACAGGUUCUUGCCAGAAGGAAAUCUCGUGAGUUUCAUUCCAAGCUAAAGGUCACAAGUAUGGACCAGGCAGUGAAGGACAAAGCCCUCCAGAGCAUGGCCUCCAUGUCCUCGGCUCAGAUUGUCUCUGCCACGGCUAUUCACAACAAGCUGGGACUGCCAGGCAUCCCGCGCCCAGCCUUCCCUGGAGCAGGGUUAUGGCAGGGUAUGUUAUCAGCCGGUCAGCCUGGAUCCUCACAAGAUAUUAAGCCUUUCACCCAGCAAGCCUACCCAAUCCAGCCAGCAGUCACAACAGCCAUUUCAAGUUACGAGCCCACAGCAGCUCCAACGGCACCGGCAUGGCAGGGACGCUCCAUCGGUACAUCGAAACUCCGGCUCGUUGAGUUCUCCGCUUUCUUAGAGCAGCAGAGAGACCCAGACUCAUACAACAAGCACCUCUUUGUACACAUCGGUCAGACAAAUCAUUCCUACAGUGACGCCCUGCUGGAGUCGGUGGACAUUCGUCAGAUUUAUGACAAAUUCCCAGAAAAGAAAGGAGGACUGAAGGAGCUGUAUGGAAAAGGUCCCCAGAACUCCUUUUUCCUCAUAAAAUUCUGGGCUGACUUGAACUGCAACGUUCAAGAUGAUUCUGGAUCUUUCUAUGGAGUCACCAGUCAGUACGAGAGCUCGGAAAACAUGACUAUCACGUGUUCAACAAAGGUCUGCUCCUUUGGCAAGCAGGUGGUGGAGAAAGUUGAGACUGAAUAUGCACGCUUUGAGAACGGACGCUUUGUCUACCGGAUAAGCCGGUCUCCCAUGUGUGAAUACAUGAUCAACUUCAUCCAUAAGCUAAAACAUCUGCCAGAGAAAUACAUGAUGAACAGUGUGCUGGAGAACUUCACUAUCUUAUUGGUGGUGACAAACAGGGACACACAGGAGACGCUGCUAUGUAUGGCGUGUGUUUUUGAGGUUUCAAACAGCGAGCACGGCGCCCAACAUCAUAUCUACAGACUGGUAAAGGAAUGAGACCCCGACCCAAGCCUUCAACCUCCCCUCUUUUUAAUAGACUUAUCAACCUCAAAAAAAAAAAAAAAAAAGAAGUGGCAGUGCCUCUACCUGAAAGUCACACCCACAAUGCUUUUUGGUCAUGAUAUUGGGUGACAUCAGUUGUUUCAAAUAUUGUUUUAAUAUAAAGUGUUUGUUAUAUGACUGCAGCUGUGAGUUGCGGUACAGAUGUUUUUAUGUUUAAAUAUGGGAAUUCUUGUUUGAGUUGGUCUCUGUUUGGUAUAAAUGUGGCUGUGCUUAAAGAAUUGACUAGACUCAUUUGGUAAAUGGUGAUGUGUCUGUUGUCUUCUGCUUCUUUAUGUAGAGUAAGAAAAAAGCGGAUGCUGGCCUUUUUCUAUCAGCAGCCUGGUGUGGUGUGUGUAAUAUGUUUGAGUGUGUUUCUUAUGCCUGUACUUCAUCAUUAUCUGAGCAUACACACUGUGGAUACACAGACGUGUAACCACAGCCAAGAGAUUUUCCAAAGAAACAAAGCGAACACAUCACUACAUAAGCAGUAGUAGGUGCAAGCAAGGUCAUGAGUAUUGAUAAAUAAGCUUUUCUUAAAAAAACAAACCUCUAGCUUUCAUUGGUAUAUUUAUUCCUGUUAAAGCACUCCAGGUCUUCGACAUCAAUCAAAUGAAUGCACUGUGAAACAAUCAUUGAGUCUGCUUCUGCUCCAUUAUGUAGAAAGUCUUAGCGUUUAUUUGCUGCAAACAGCUCUGUGAAACUAAUAGACAAGUUAAAGUACAGCUUGAAAUCAUUGGAACCAGACUUGUCCAGAAGCAGGUUGUCCCCCUUCCUGCUCUGAGUUUGUUCGUCCUGUUAGAUCCGGGGUUUUGGUCAACAGUAUGAAUAAACAUAACUCCAUAAAUCUCUUGUAGAAAAGCAGGCCUUGUUCAGUUUGCUGCAGCUUUGCCCCCUUUAAAGAGAAUACUGCCCCCCUCUGGAAUCGCUGUGUAACAACUCCAAACCAGAGUGUUGCUGCCUUCAUGUUCACACUAUUCACAGGUUUCUGUGGCCUAUACACUGAUCCCCAGCCUUACUACACGUUAAAGCUGUGUGAACUCCAAAAGAUGCCACCAAAACUGUGAUCUCUACACGGGAAAGACUAUAUGUUGUGUAAGAAAUUCACAAUACCAUCUGCCAAAGUGUAGAUGUACAGUGCCUUAAAAUAUAAGAGAACAUGAUCUCUUUUUUUAUUUUAAACAAGUGUUGUGGAUAAAAACAGGUAACAAAUUAUUAAACAACUAACUACAGGUAUGGUACAUCCUUCAUUUUGUGAGAUCUUGUUUCUUAUCAUUGGUACACUCCUAGAAAAAUAUGUUUUUUGUUUCUGCUCAGAGGCAGUGCACUUUGUUCAAUUGAGUUUGCAAAUGUUAACAGUUUUUUUUUCUUUCUUAAACAUAAACAUAGACUGACUGCCUUUCCUGUCAAAUACCAAAAAUACAGAGAUAGAGUCACUCUUUUUUCAAGUCCUGCUUGGUAGCAAGGAAGUGCCUUCGGUUAUAAAUUUCAAGCUUAAAACAAAUAAAAUCAAUUAAAAAUCAAAUGUUGUUAGACCAAAAAAUAGACAAAUAAAACCGAUCACCACAUUGCCUUUUUAAAGGAUUGUAAUAACAGAUAGCUGUUUAAUGGUCAAAUUAAAAAUAAUAUAUUCAUUUACAUUUUAUUGUGAAAUUAGUUCACAAAAGACAUAUUUGAGGAAUUUCUUGGCUUGAGGUAAAGAGUGAAAGACCUGCUGAUAAAGUACAGCCACUGACUGCAUGCAGUGUCAACAUAUUUAAAAAAAAAAACACUGCAGCUUAUGCUUUGUGCACACUUGCAGGUUCAAGUGUCUGAUUUGAUUUAUGGAAUAUGAUGGUUUCUCUGUCCCACAAACCACACAAUGUAAAAGUUCACCUGAACAUCACUAUGAUACUUUUGAUGAUGCAGAAGCAGCAGUGAUGUUGACUUAAGAGAGAAUGGCAAAAGUUGUUUUUAUCAUUUCUCUUUCAAAAGAAAAUGAAGAGAACAAAAUUCUGAGAACUGAAUUAUCUUAAACGUUUUAAUGCGGUUUGACCUGAAAUUCUUGGUAUUUGAUCGUGUGGACGAGGCCAUCGAGGUUAACAUUUUCACCGCAAAGAGCGUAACUACUCAAACCCUUAGAGUUUCUUUCAAAAGUGUAUAAUCAUGUCAAGUAUUUUAAUGGAAGAAGCUCUGAGUAAUUGCAGACAACGUCUCUGGUGGAUGCAGAAAAAGUUUGAUCAUUCAGUAUUCUGCCACAAUCCUGUGGAUACUGUGGAGUUUGAAUAGGCUUCUACUUAUGUUUACCCUGUGUAUCUGUUCACAUUUAUUGAUCACUUAGUCCAAUAUUCCUGUUUUCUUAUUGUACUUGUAUACAGUUGUACUUGGUUUUGUGAUGACAUUGUAUGUUAAAAGCCCACUGAGAUGGAAAAGAUGUUGCUGCUGCACUGCUGGUACAUUUGGACACAUGGUUUUAAUAACACUUAAGACAGCAGGACUGAUGCGUCCAACGGCAUGAUUAUGUGGUGAACUGUUAGAAGAGAAGAUGGCCAUGUUAAAAAAAUACAAAUAAAAACAGCCACGUUGAGGAAUCAUGCUACAACCAUAUCAGCAGUUUAGCUCUUUGUUAUUUGUAAUUCUGCUGCAGAGUAUAGGUACUGGUACCUUUUAUGUUUUUUGACCAUUUUUCAGACUGCAGCUUGAGAGUGAUUUUUCACAGAGCUCACAUAUAGUCAUCAAACACACAUUUCGGUUUUGUGUGCACACUCGUUUUUGUAAAAAGGUGCUUUGUAUAAAACGAUAUCCUAGCUUUUCUUGGUACAGAUGUGUGAUAUCUUUCCGUAUCCAUGACAAAGUCAAAUGUUGGCGAAAAAGGUGAGAAAAGAAGCUCUGCGAUGUGUCUGUGUUCUGCUUAUGGUCUUGUCUUUGCUCCGUAACAUUAUGAUGCCUUCUUGAUAAUAGUAGAUAUUUUGUAGCUUUCUAGACACUUUGUAUGUAUGCAAUAUUGAAGUUGAAUAAAUCUUAAAAUAUU